AAUGGAAACCUGAAAACAGCAAGGAGGAAUGCUGCUGUGGAUCACUUUGCCAUAGAGCACAUCUUUGCAUCUGGGCCGUGCCUCUCUCUCUGCCCCCACCACUGACUUCCAGGUCUUUGCUCUGUGGAGACCGGAUGGACAGAUUCCUGGAGAAGAGGGCUCUAGGGGGCCUUGUGGGAAAGAGGGAGCAGGAGCAGACAGGAGCAGGCCCAGCCGAGUUGGGAGAAGACAAGGAAAGCACCAGGAAGAGGCCCAGGAGAGAAACCCCGGGGAAUGGCGCUGACUUGGCCGGCCUCAGCUGGCGACGCAUUCGAUCCGAGGGCCUGGACUGCGAUUACACAGUCCUGUUUGGCAAAGCUGAAGCGGACGAGAUUUUCCGAGAGUUGGAGCAACAAGUGGAGUAUUUUACAGGUGCGCUGGCCAAGGUGCAGGUGUUUGGGAAGUGGCACAGCGUGCCAAGGAAGCAGGCGACGUACGGCGACGCUGGGCUGACCUACACGUUUUCAGGCCUCACUCUGUCUCCAAAACCCUGGAUCCCAGUUCUCGAGCGAGUCCGGGGUCGUGUUUCUUCGGUGACUGGGCAGACCUUCAACUUUGUGCUCGUUAACAGGUAUAAAGAUGGCUGCGACCACAUUGGGGAGCACCGAGAUGACGAAAGAGAACUGGCUCCUGGGAGCCCCAUCGCCUCCGUCUCCUUUGGGGCCUGCAGAGACUUCUUCUUCCGGCACAAAGAUGCUCGAGGGAGGAGCCGCUCCCGGAGGCUGGAGGUGGUCAGGCUGCCGCUGGCCCACGGGAGUUUACUGAUGAUGAACCACCCGACCAACUCUCACUGGUAUCACAGUCUCCCCGUCCGCAAGAAGGUUCUGGCUCCGCGCGUCAAUCUGACCUUUCGUAAAAUCCUGCCUACUAGAAAGUAAAAAUAUUUCUCAGUUAGUACUUCUGUCCUCUCCUUGCCUCUCUACUCAAGGAUGGAGCUGAUUGCCUUUACCAACAGGGAAAGGAAAGGUUUAACGUUACAUAACAAUGCAGAAAGAGGAUGUUUAUAUCAAAUCAGUACCUGGUGAAAUAGCCCUGGCUCAGUCGGUAGGAGCGUACUUCCAUACACUGAAAGGUCCCAGGUUCGACUCCUGGCCAGAGCACAUGCCUAGAUUGCGGGUUCGAUUUCUGGCUCCAGCUGGGUGCAUGGUCAGGGCAAGUGUAGAAGGCAACCAAUCAAUGUUUCUCUCAUUCUCCCUUCCCCUCUCUCUAAAAACCAACUGACACUCUAAACACUGGCGGGGCAGGGAGAGACCUUU